AUGAAGAGAGAGAUGAAAAAGCGUUUCUUACCCGAGAACUAUAGGCAAGAUCUGUUCUUAAAGCUUCAUUCUUUGAAACAAAAUGAUCUGAGUGUUGAAGAGUAUACUCGAGAAUUUGAACAACUCAUGAUGAAGUGUGAUGUUUCUGAGUCCCAAGAACAAACAAUCGCUCGUUAUUUGGGUGGUUUGAAGAAACAUAUUGCUGACUCAGUGGAUUUACAGCCAUAUUGGAGUUUUCUUGAUGUAUGCAAGCUUGCCUAUAAAGUUGAAAAGCAACAAGACACCUCCAAGAAAUCGGCUUACAAACCAUUCAUAAAGGGAGCUUCUUCCAGCAAAGGGAGUUCGUCUUUUCAAGCUGAGAAGACCACGGUGAGAAAGGACAAGGCAAAAGUUGAUUCUCAGCCCAUGACAACCACUAAGGAGAGAAGAUGUUUCAAAUGUCAAGGAUAUGGGCAUAUUGCAUCUGAAUGUCCCAAUCGGCGCACAAUCACUCUCAAAGAAGUCGUAGAAACUAACGUCGAAGAAGAUGAACCAAUUUGGGAUCCAGAUGAAGAGGAAGAGUAUGUGGAGCAACCUGAUGAUGGUGAACUACUUGUGAUUCGCAAGUCUUUGAAUUCAAAUAUGGCGCCUAUGGAAGAGCAAAGAGAGAACAUCUUUCAAACAAGAUGUACCAUCAAAGGGAAGGUAUGCCAUGUUAUUGUUGAUAGUGGUAGCUGCACUAAUGUUGCUUCCGCGACCAUGAUUGAAAAGUUAAGUUUACCUACGAUGUCACACCCUCAGCCUUACAAACUCCAAUGGCUAAACAAGGGGAGUGAUGUGAAGGUAACUAAACAAGCAUUAAUCUCAUUUUCAAUUGGGAAACAUUAUCAAGAUAAGGUUACGUGUGAUAUAAUCCCUAUGGAUGCUUGCCAUUUGUUACUUGGAAGACCAUGGCAGUAUGAUCGAAAGGCGAUGCACGAUGGAUUCAAGAAUACUUAUUCUAUCCAUUUAGGGCAGAAAAGAAUCACUCUUACCCCAUUGUCUCCAAGCUGUGAUGAACGUGAUCGACAUGAAGAGAAUGGAGUAGCUGGCCAUUUUCUUAGCCAGGCUGAACUUCGUGAAACUUGCUUGAAGAAGCAACAAAUUUAUGCGCUACUUUUGCUUGAGCAGAAUGUGGUCCAUGAAGAUUUGAUUCAUCCUUUAGUCAUGACAUUGCUGAAUGAGUUUGCUGAUGUCUUCCCUGAAGAGAUGCCAUCCGGCUUACCUCCAAAGAGGGAGAUUCAACACCAAAUUGAUUUAAUGCCCGGCGUACCGUUACCAAACAAACCGGCAUAUAGAUGCAACCCGGAGGAGACUAAAGAGCUUCAACGACAAGUAGAUGAGCUGAUCUCCAAAGGCUACGUACGAGAGAGCUUGAGUCCAUGUUCUGUACCAGCCAUUUUGGUCCCCAAGAAGGAUGGUUCGUGGAGGAUGUGUAUGGACAGCCGUGCCAUCAACAAAAUUACGAUCUUCGGAGUGGUUAUCAUCAAAUUCGAAUGA